AUUGCUUAUUUCCCAUUUUCUGGUUGAAGAAGCAGAGGAGGAAGAGGAAGAAGCAGAAUCGAAUGGGCAACGCACAAUCGCCUCCCGCUGACCCUCGCUUCGCCAUGGCCAGCAGGGCAUUCUCGAAGCAGGAGCUGGACGAUCUGAAAGCUCUCUUCGAUUCCCUCGCCGCUCAAUCGCAAAGCAACGCCAAGUUCAUCUCUUCCUCCGUUUUCCAAGGGUAUUUUGGGAUUAAAGGCGUGCUUGGUGUUAGGAUGUUUGAUUUGUUCACUCAGAGUAGAAAGGAUGGUAGGCUUACUUAUGAGGAUUUUGUCAUCGCGAAGGAGAUAUAUGAGAAGGGAACUCGCGACGAGAUUGAGGAAUUUGUUUAUCAGUUGUGUGAUAUCAAUGGCGACGGCAUCAUAAGCAGGUCUGAUUUGGAAGCAGUUAUGCAUUUCAUAUAUGAUACUAUAUUCUCCCCUGAUGGUGCUCAACCUUGCUUGAGCUCCGGUCGGGAUACUAUGGAAGUAUUUCUCAGUGCUGCAACUUUAUCCAAGGAAGUUGAAGGAACAGAAAGCCGCAUGUCCUUUGUGGAUUUUAGGAAUUGGUGUAAAAUACUGCCAUCCGUGGGAAAGUUUCUUGGGAGUUUGUUGAUUUCACCAGAUUCAGGUAGACCAGGUUUUCAGGUUCCUUACCUGCACCAUCCAGAAAAACUGAGUCAUGAUUUGCUAAGCUUAAGGAAAGAAUACGCCUGGCACAUUGGAGGAGCCCUUGCUCAACAAGAGUUGGAGGAAUGGAAGCUCUUAUACCACAGUGCUAUACAUGGACUUAGUUUCAACACUUUUAUGGCCCAUAUAACUAGUGGAGAUGGCCCAACCAUUCUGGUUAUAAAAGAUACUGAAGGUUACAUAUAUGGAGGAUAUGCCUCUCAGCCUUGGGAGAGGCAAAGUGACUUUUAUGGUGAUAUGAAGUCUUUUCUCUUUCAGUUGUAUCCCCAGGCAUCAAUAUUCCGGCCUACAGGAGCGAACAAUAAUUUGCAAUGGUGUGCCCUGAAUUUCAGCUCAGAUAGCAUUCCUAAUGGUGUUGGCUUCGGUGGCAAAGCAAACCACUUUGGCCUCUUUCUCUCUGCAAACUUUGAUCAGGGACACACUUUCGAGUGCACCACCUUCAGCAGUCCUUGUUUGUCCAGGACGAACAAAAUAAGGCCUGAGGCAAUUGAGUGCUGGGGAAUCCAAGUGAAAGGUCUGGAGAAUGAACAAAAUGAUGCUAUCAAAGAAACUGUUCUAGAGAGAUUCAAAGAGGACAGGAACAUGCUCAAGAUGGUUGGAUUAGCGAAUUCAAGCGAGUGAUUUUUUACGAACAAUGUUGCUGCAAGAAGGUUGUAGCUUUUGUCUCCACUUACUGCAGGAGAAGCAGUGCUUCAUAAUGGCAUAUAUGAUGCAUGCCUCGGCUUUGAAAACAUGCAAUAUAUUGCUGAAGAAACAUCAAAAGAUGGAGGUUUGCGGUCUCAAUUUAAAACAGAGAGCAAGUGUUGUAGAUUUUGUAAUUAUGACUUGGAGUUAUGCUUGAUCGUACCAGUGUAUAUCUAAGCUACGAGAAACUGCGAGUGUAUUGCCAAUCUAUUUACCAACUAUGGGUGUACAUAGCUGAUAGGGAGUAUUGUUUUUCAAGGCCAGUAACGUUAUUCUUUCUAAUGUAUUAUUAUGCUUAAGCCGGAUUAGUUGAUUUA